AUGCUUACUUCAAUACCCUCUCGUCGAGGUUGUACUUUCAAUAUUCCUAGAAUCAGGGCUUUUCAUAUUCCUGUCUUUAGAAAAACAAAGAAUACUUUUGCGAAUCAACUUGAACACUCUCUAAUGAAAAUCACCUGUAUCACUUUUGAAGCAUUUUAUGGACCUGCUCCUACUCCUGCUACUCCUAUUAUUUCUAACAUUAUCACUGCUAUUUUUGAAGAUUCUCCUUAUCUCUCUUGUCUUUUGGAGUUACAAUCUAAUCUUUGUUAA